AUGGCGGGCGGCGGCUUCGGCUUCGGGCUGCUGACGGACGUGCAGAUGGUGGGGUUCUACCAGGCGCGGCACCGCAGCGCGGGCGGCAAGCCGUUCCUGGCCUACGUGCUGCAGGUGGCCACCUCGAGCGCGCACUUCCUCGUGUACCGGCGCUACUCGCAGGUCGCGGCGCUGGCGGCCAAGCUGCACUUCCACCCGCCCGUGGGGCUGCCGCCCAAGUACGCGCUGCAGGUCUUCCCGCUCUCGGACGCGCAGCUGCAGCAGCGCUUCGACGGGCUGCGCGCCUUCCUGCGCGCGGUCGUGGACCACCUGGCGCGCCAGCACGCGGCCGGCAUGCACCACGACGCGCAGUCGAGCGCCGGCCUGGACAUGCAGAUCUUCUGCGACUUCGUGGCGCACCACAGGAACCGGCCGCCGCGGCCAGCCAGGGGCGAGCUGCCCGACUGGGCGCGGCCCGAGACGGCCGCCAACUGGGCGGAUGCCGACAGCGUCACGGACAGCGAGGACGUGGGGCUGCUGGAGAGCGACGGCGACGACGUGGAGGACCACGGAGAGCAGGCGGGCGACGCGUCCGCGCGGUUCCGGAACGAGGUGCUGCAGGCCGAGGGCAACCUCAGCGCGCUGUGGUACUGCGUGCGCGCCUACAUGCAGGCCACGACGGCCUGGUGGGGGGCCACGCAAGCCGUGCUGGACGAGUACAAGCGCGUGGCCGAUAUGUCGCUGAGGAAGAGCGAGGACGACGGGAGGACGCACGCGGCGCGGCUCGUCAAGGCGCUCGCGCAGAUGCUGGAGGCCGUGCAGCCAGAGUUCGACAAGAAGUGCGAGGACGCCGUGUUGACCCCAUUGGAGCAGUUGAGUCGCGACGUGUUGCCUGAGGUGAAGCACACGUACUGGACCAGGCAUAACAACAGCAUGGGCGAGGACACGGCGAGGGAAGUGAACGUCCGCCGCCUGCAGCAGGAGCGCGAGACGCUGCACGCCAAGCUGCGCGCGGACGUGCAGAGCAGCAUGACGGCGCUGGUGGCUCUGCAAAACGAAAUGCUGGCUGCGAUGCACGACCAGCUGCACGGCUUCGAGCGGGUGGAGCGCAUGCCGCGGCAGCGCAGCCAGUCGCAACCGGUGCUCAACAGAAGAAACAGUCGCCGGGGCCGCGGGAGUAUCAGCUUUGCAGUGUCAAGAGCCGCGCAGUCCUUACCUCACGAGGAAUCAUCCGCGGCAACUGGUGUGGACGAUGUUGAUGAUGUCGUGGAGGCCGACAGGAGCGAUCAAAGUGAGGAAGGGGACGAUGGGAACGAGAGUGACGAUGAAGAAGGAACGGCCGAAGACGACGCAGAGGUGGAGGACGAAGAUGAGCGCGAGCUGGACCAUUUGAACGAUCAUCAGAGCGAGGAGCCGAGCUCGCAUAUGUGGGUGUGGGGGCGGCCUCCUAGCUUGGAAGGUGGAACGCCGCUCGUACUCCGUCCGAAGCAGGUGUCUCUGCUCAACGGUCAACCGAUCGUCCAAGUGGCGUGCGGUGGCGAGCACUUGCUGUACUUGACGUCGACAGGGGAUGUCUACAGCUACGGCGAUAAUGAAGACAAGAAAGCCGCUGCAGUCACUAUUGCAACCAACGCCAAUUCAGCUGACAAUGACUAUACGCGAAGCAUCUCAAAGGAACUUGCUCUGGAGAAGGCACUUCAUCGCACGACGAUUGCCAUGAUAUCGUGCGGCGCGCAGCACUCGUUAGCUAUUACAGACGCCGGGGAGCUGUACACGUGGGGCAGUGGUGAAGAUGGACGUCUAGGUCACGGCGACAUGCGCGAUCGUGCGGUGCCAAGGAAGGUGAUGAGCUUGCUACGAGAAAGCGUGGCGAGUGCUAGCUGUGGCCUUGGUGACAACAAGUGGCGUGAUACACCGCAUCAAAUUGUCGGUUUUCCGCAGGGGACGCGCAUCUCGAAUGUAGUUUGCGGCUGGAACUUCACUGCUGCGCUAGACCGACAAGGCAAUAUUUUCACGUGGGGCAAGACGGGUGAGGGCCAGUGUGGCUUGGGAUACGUGGAUAAGGAUCAAGUGGUGCCGCGGUGUGUCGAGAAGCUCCGCGAGGUAGCCGCAGGUUCAGCGGCGGUCGAUGUUGCGUGCGGGUACACCCACACGGUUGUGCUUACAGCAAGUGGCGAGUUGUAUUCGUGGGGCUUGGGAGAAUACGGACAGCUUGCCCGUGUGCAGUUGCCUUCAGACGCGCUUUGCGCCCCCGAUCAGUUGACGAGAGUGUAUUGUGGUGCCUUCCACUCCAUUGCGACAACGGAGAAACGUGUGAUGUUCGCGUGGGGACUAAACUCGUACGGAGCGUGCGGACUCGGACACACUGCGAACAAAGACAAACCGGAGCGCAUCGAUUGUUUCUCCUCUCAAACUGAGCUUGUCGUGGCGUGCGGUCAUAAGUACACGAUUGCGCUUGAAGUGGAUCCAGCUCUGUACGGCCACUCGUCGUCGUCGUCCCAUGCAAUGGUGCGGACGGGGGCGGCAGUGGAUGGAUUAGCAAUACCGAGGACUCAACGACAGGUUUCGGAGGGCAGUGAAGCGAGUGAAGACGACCCGUUCUUCGGUCGGGGCUCGCCGGGACGGCCAACAACCCCAACAGUUGGAACCCGGCGUCACCGACGAGGCUCUCCUCCAACCUUGGCAAUGGAUCUUGGUGAAGCCCCCCGUGAGGCCAUUCACGAGAAGGAAGAAGAGCUGCGGCGUGCCAAGAAGCUUUGGCGGACACGCAUCCUGCGCGACUGGGAGGAGAAUAAAGAUACGCCGUUGGCGCACUCGCUGUGGCGACAGGGAAUCCCCCCAUCUAUUCGCGCGCGCGUGUGGCCCAUGGCGAUCGGUAACAAGCUGAAGGUAACUCCAGAGAUGUUCAAGAUUUAUCGGCGACGGGCGGCCGCGUACAAGAAGGACCGGGCUGCGAAAGAGAAGAACGACGACGUGGACGGAGGACGCGAGCAUACCCUGGCGCUGAUUGACACGGACUUGCCACGGACCUUCCCGUCGCUGAAGCUCUUCGAUUCAAGCGGGCCGUACUACGCGUUCUUGCUGGAAGUGCUCGAGACGUAUGCGUGCUACCGACCGGACUUGGGAUACAUCCAGGGCAUGUCGUACCUGGCGGCCAUGCUGUGUCUGCACAUGCCUCAAGACCGCUACCUGGCGUUCCAGUGUCUCGCCAACCUCAUGGUGAACGAGCAUCUCUUCACGUUCUACCUGCUGGACGCCGACCUCGCGAACGUGUACUACACGCUGUUCGAUACGUUUUUGAACUCGCGGCUGCCCCACCUGCAUGCCCACCUGCGGGAAAUCGGCGUGUUCUCCUGCUCCAUGUAUCUGAUGAACUGGCUGCAGACGCUGUUCCUGCAGGUUCUACCGCUGGAAUCGGCGGCUCGCGUGUUUGACAACUUUCUGCUGGAUGGUACGGUGUUUCUCUUCCGGACGGCCAUGGCUAUUCACGAGCUGUUGGCUCCGCAGCUGCUGGCGGCUGAAAUCGAUGUCGCGCUCCCGCUGCUGCAGCGCAACGUGAUCUACCAGGACGAAUGGAACGCGCGCGUAUCGGAGCAGUCUCUGUUCGACACUGUGGCCACCAUCGCUGUCCCCAGCCACAUUUACUCGGCCUUGGAUCGUGUUGUGAACGAUGUUUUCUUCUACGAGAAGCGCGGCGACCCGGACAGCAUCGGCGGGAAAAAGAUGAUGGCGUUCGCUAGUGGCGGCCAGAGUGUUGGCAUCGGCCACGUGAAGCACGAGCGCCGCCGCAUGUACGCUAUCAGCGACGCACUGAACGGCGUCCUGGGUGGCUUUUGA